UCAAGAGUGAAUAUCACAAAUACAGACACGCUAAAGCUUUGUCUGUCAGGAAUCCCUGCGAGGCGUGUAAGAAAGUGGUGCCCUUGUGGUUUUCUCAGUGCAGUAUGGGUGGCUGUGUGUCCCUGCUGGAGCCUCUGGUGGCCCUACACACCGUGGGCACCUCCUUCUUCCAGUUGGCCCAGACGCUGCUCGUCUACAACCGCACUCUGGAGCUGUCUGGCGGACUUAGUGACAACGACACCGACGCGGCCCACGAUCAGGCCCAGACCCUCUCCAUGCGCUUCUUCCUCUUACAGAACAUCAUCAUCACCGUCUGUGCUCUGCUCUCCAUGGUGCCCACCACCCGGCUCGCAGUCCUCUACGGGGAGCGUGCCCGCCUGCUGUGCCCGCUGCUGGGCUCCCUGCUGGGCAUGGGCGCGCUGCUGGCGGUGCUGCUGCUGCGGCUGCCCCUGGAGGUGCUGUACGCGGGCGCGGCGCUGCACGGCCUCAGCGGGGGGUCCCCGGGCUUCUGGAGCGCAGUGGUGGCGCUGGCCUCCCUCCAGUCAGACAGGGGGCGCCGCACGCUCAAGAUCAACACCGUGGACUUCUGCGCGGGGGCGGCCGGGGUGCUGGGCGGGCUGCUGUCUGGGUACGUGUACCGGCUGGGCGUGGGGGGGCAGGCGGGCCAGGGGGAGCAGAGUGGGGUGGUGCUGGUGGCCACAGCUAUGGCUCUCGUGGCCACCUCCAUCCUCUACUCCACUUUCCUGCUGUCCUACCCCCAGCACCACCCACCACCAUUGCGAAAGCAGACAGAUAACCCCCACCACCCACCAUCAUCAUCACCCCCACAGAAGGUAGACAACCCACGCCAGGCCCUCCUCCCCAAGCAUCCACCAUCACCACCACCAUCCCCACAGAAGGUAGACAACCCACGCCAGGCCCUCCUCCCCAAGCAUCCACCAUCACCACCACCACCCCCACAGAAGGUAGACAACCCACGCCAGGCCCUCCUCCCCAAGCAUCCACCAUCACCACCACCACAGCAUGCAGAUAAUAACUCCCAUCAGCCCCCCCUCCUCCUCCUGCACCGCCAAAGCCCCGGGCGUCACCCGUCCUCCUCCCCCAGGGCAGCGGUGGUGCUGGUGGCGUUGGCCCUGGUGCUGUACGCUGUGGGCAUGCACGGAGCGGAGAGCACGCUGACUCUCUACGUGCUGAAGCCGCCGCUGAGCUGGGACUCGGUGUGGGCAGGCUACGGCAGCGCUGCCACCCAUGCCAUGUACCUGAGCAGCUUCCUGGGUGUGCUGCUGCUCUCCCCCCUCCUGGAUGACACGGCUCUCGUCCUCCUGGGGGUCGUAUCCAACUGCACUGGCAUGGCCAUCAUGGCAUUCGCCACACGCAGCUGGCUCUACUUCAUGGCGCGGGCAGUCAUGAUGUUUUCUUGCGUUCCCAUGCCAACCCUGAAAGCACAGCUCUCCAAGAUCCUGGAUGCUCAGCAGUACGGUUGUGUGUUUGGCUGGCUGCAGCUGGCGUUGUCAGUGAGUAACGUGAUGUCCACGGCGGUCUUCACCCUCCUCUACCCCCUCAGCCUCGCAGGAGGGAACACUGGACUCUGCUUCCUGCUCUCCAGUGCAGUCAGCUACAGCAGCGUCAUACCUGUCCUCUAUCUGAAUAGCAGGAGCAUCAGGCACCCAUAUGUGCCCCUUUGGGGAGAUGAAUGAUAACAUCUGAGAAGUGAACACUGAGCCCUUUAUGGAGCGAGAGAGAGAGAGAGAGAGAGAGAGAGAGAGAGAGAGAGAGAGAGCGGGAACCGGAGCGGGAGAUUCCCAGAAACUGGCAUCACUGCCGGGGGGGAAGUAACAAGAAACAACAAUAACAAGAAGCAUAACCAAACAUGUCGGCAGUUCAUCUCUCUCUUUUUUAAUCACCAACAUCUGCCACACAUCUGCCAUGUAUUAUUCUUCUUCAUUUAGCUUUUUUUUUUAAAAACUAAUUGUAUACUUUCCAAAAUAUAUUAUUAAAAUGUAUCUCUUUCUUUGUUUCAGUGUCUCAUGUGUAAUUAGGAAAU